UCUUUCUCUACCGUGUUUUUCUGCUGGCGGGUCUGGGAGCUCUCUCGCACGCCCUCCUCCUGCGCCUGGUCUGCGUGCCGUGCUCAUCGCGCCGAGCGACUGCACUCGACUCGGCAAAUUUCUCGAGAUUUGUUUUUCUUUCUCUCGCCCUCAUCUUCAGACCUACGUAAUAGAGCGAAGCGUAGGGCAACGCCGUGAUAGCCCCAUUGUGUGCAUUUCCUGUGCGUAUCGGAACCCUGUCAUCGUGCGACAUCGUCUGCAACGGUCUGCAACGAGACAACGCUUCGACGACGACCGCUGCCAAACCGGAAGGUCGUAGUCCUUCGGUGCGCGGUUUGGUACCAGUUCUUUUUCGUGCUGCCCGCUUUCUGGUGUGUGAUAUUUCUUGCUGCCUGCAUGUCUCGUGCAUGGAUUCGUGUGUGAGGCCGCCACCCAAGGAGUGACCAUCGCCACUGACCGUACUUCGGGCAAGCCUUUGUGCGCUGCAACAAGGUCUUUCGCAUAGUAUAAACCUUUCUGUCCCGGGAGCUUUUGCGUAUAGCCGCCUUCUGCUUGGGUCGGCCUUUAGGCGCUCAGCUCUGACCGCAACUGAGCCUGGACGAGAGAAAAAUACGAGACCUCCCGUUGCGAGGCCGAGCGAUCAUCGGCGAGAACGAUUCGUGGAAGGAGUCUCCCCCGCGGCCAGUGGCUGUGCGACACGCGGUCUUGGCUCUCGUCCCGUCUGGGUGACCGGAAGAGGGGCGAAAUACGAGCGCACCUCUCGGAGCGGGGCCAGAGUGCACCUCGAGUGGCUCAUCGGCGGCGCUGAUUUGGGAUUCCUUGCAUCCAGCAACGCGGCGCAGCCAGGAGGACGACCCGCAGCGUGCCAAGCCCCGGAGAAGGGUGAGGAAGGAGGCGGCAGCAAACGAGGCAGCGCUGUGAGCGACUGUUUGCGGCGUUGCAUCGCCUCGCGAGAAAACCAGAUACGCUGCAGGAAACUGAAAAAUAAAUAUUCCCAGUGCCGUAUGCUGACUCCCGCCCUCCUCAGACUCUUGCCAGCUCGUGCGUGCUGUGGGGCGUAGGUGGAGUCGGGAUCGGUGUCGCAUAGAUUGUGACACGAAAAUCACGAAGAAGGAGCGCGCGAAUUGAAAUAUUCGGCAGGAAAGAGAGAUAAGAGAAAUUCUAAAGGCCACGGCAUCGGCCGGUGAACUCUGGUGCACCACCUCCUGCGGCCCCUCGUCGAAGCUGUGGUGCAAGAUCGGUGUCGCAUAGUGCUUGACAGGAGGAAAAGGGCGACGAAGUAGGUGCGAGGGGAAGAAGAAGAAGCAGGGCGAGUGGCCGCUUGGGGCGCGCUGGCCGUUGGAACGCUCGAGCCGGCCGCCGACGGACGGCGGCAGGCGCAUCGGCAUGGCGCCGCGCACGACCGUCCCGGCGGCGGCGGCGGCGGCGGUCUCGUGAGCAAGAUGCGCAAGUGGUUCGGCAGUAAGCCCAAGGAGACCGAGCCGGCAGCGCAAGUCGCCUCGGAGAAGAGGAGCGGCCACGCUAGCAAGGUGUCCACGCCGGCCUGGAACCCGGCGUCAUCGCACCACCAGCCCCAACAGCGCCAGGUCCAGCAGCACCAGCAGCAGGCCGCCUCACUGCCGUCCGCCGCGACCUCGAGCCGGAAAGCCAGCGCCAGUUCGCCGGAGGCCUCCGAGGAGGACACGCAGACCUCUGUCCGAUCCAGUACGGGGACAGCGGCCACGCUGGCCAACGGCAAGAUCGAACGGCGGCACUCCGUCGACUCCAGCAGGUCGGCUCGGAACUACGCGCCGCGGGACGCGACCAUUAUUUGGGACGGCCGCGUCACCUUUGAAAGGUUCCUUGAAGAGGCCAGGAAGUCCUUUGAACAAAAAUGGACCAGUCCUAGUUCGAACACAGCCUGCCUGGAGGACUUUGACCGGAUCAAGACUCUAGGGACUGGCUCCUUUGGGCGGGUGAUGCUCGUCCAGCACAAACAGCACAAGGACUAUUAUGCCAUGAAAAUACUAGACAAACAAAAGGUAGUAAAGCUAAAACAAGUAGAACACACCCUAAAUGAAAAACGGAUAUUACAAGCCGUCGAGUUCCCAUUCUUGGUCAAGCUAGCAUACCACUUCAAGGACAACUCAAACUUGUACAUGGUACUGGAAUAUGUGCUUGGAGGCGAGAUGUUCUCACAUCUAAGGAAAAGUGGGAGAUUCUCUUUGGUGCCACCUGACCAUUUCAGUUUGUGGGAACCACAUGCGCGGUUUUACGGCGCCCAGAUUGUGCUGGCGUUCCAGUACCUGCACUCCCUAGACCUCAUCUACCGGGACUUGAAGCCCGAGAAUCUGCUGAUUGACCACACAGGAUACAUCAAGGUUACAGAUUUUGGCUUUGCCAAGCGAGUUCGGGGACGAACCUGGACCUUGUGUGGCACACCUGAAUACUUGGCUCCAGAGAUCAUUCUCAGCAAGGGCUACAACAAAGCUGUCGACUGGUGGGCACUUGGUGUCCUGGUGUACGAGAUGGCGGCUGGCUACCCACCUUUCUUUGCUGACCAGCCAAUCCAGAUAUACGAGAAAAUUGUCUCUGGCAAGGUCCGCUUCCCAUCACAUUUCACAUCUGACCUGAAGGACCUGCUGAGGAAUCUGCUGCAGGUUGACUUGACCAAGCGCUUUGGCAACCUCAAGAAUGGUGUCAAUGACAUCAAAAACCACCGGUGGUUUGCCACAACAGACUGGAUUGCCAUCUACAAGAAAGAGGUUGAGGCCCCAUUUGUGCCGAAAUGCAAGGGUCCCGGUGACACGAGCAACUUUGAUGAGUACGAAGAGGAAGCCCUGCGCAUAUCGUCGACAGAAAAGUGUGCCAGGGAGUUUGCCGAAUUCUAGGCUGGGUGGCACACAGGAGAGAAAGGACCCGGGGAGCCGACGACUAGGGGAGGCUGUUGAGCCCCUUCACACUUUUUUUGCCCUUGGCAGUGAGAAGCAAGAACCAUCUGCGCUGCCUUGGCCAUGCACACCUCCCAUGGAUGAGGGGAGAGAACCGACAGAUCAAGGCACUCAACCAAAGGCUAUGAUGUCCACAGCGCCAUUCACACAGGUUUUUUUUUUUUUCACCGAUAAACUGGCGCUGGGCCAAGCUUCGGCAGCCACAACCUGUGUGUGUUCCCUGGAUUAUCUGUCAGCGCUGCUUGCUUCAUGCCCUCUCACAACCCCACGGCCUCCUCUGCCCUCGUUGGCUCUCCCAGGCAUAGGCAUGCAUGUCGGUUUGUGUCCUGUCGGGUGCGCCCCCCUCCCCUCUUUAUUUUUCUGUUUCUCAUCAUUUCACUCGCUGUCUGCUCUGCGUGCAGCUCCUGGCACAAAUGCUAGUGACAUUGGCUAGUCGAUGCUGGAGGCACAGCCACAUGGGCCUUGAGAAGCCACUCCGGGCAAUUGCUGGGAGACCAUAUUCUCACCGUGGAGCAAGGCUUCUUGAUGUUGUGGUGCACAGCCAGCAGAAGAGAUGGUCCCCACAUGCAAACGCUGCCUUUAGCUUUCUCGUAUGCAGCAGAGAGCUAGCGGGGGCUGUGUGGGCUGCCUAUAUGUUUGGGUGUCCAGCUGCAUGGACCUUGGGGACUCCUUCUAUGGGUCACUGCUGAGAAACUUUGUUUCUGCUGUGGAACAGGGUUCUCCUAUGUUUCCUGACCAUGCACACAAUAGAAGAAAAUGGUUCCCAGCGUUUUACACACCACUGACCCCAGCUCUCUAUGCUGUCCUGCCUUUGGCACUAUCUUCACUUGUAUAGCGAGAACCCACUACCGUCACUGCGUUUCUUUCUCUCCUAGGCAUUACCAUAGAGGUGAAUAAAGUGUAUUUUGGCGGAA